GUGUGUGGACAGGCCCGAGAAUCAGAGAAGCCUUCUCUGGGGCUGCAAGGCCCUGAGCCCAGCCGCCGCCCCAGCAGGGAAGCUGCGGGGGAAAGCACCGGCUCCAGGCCAGCGUGGGCCGCUCUCUCGCUCUCCUCUCUCGCUCGGUGCCCGCCGCCAUGUGGGCCGCUCUGAGGUUAGCCCUGCGGCCGUGUGCCCGCGCCUCUCCCGCCGGACUGCGCGCCUAUCACGGGGACUCGGUGGCCUCGCUGGGUACCCAGCCGGACGUGGGCUCUGCCCUCUACCAGGAGAACUACAAGCAGAUGAAAGCACUAGUAAAUCAGCUCCAUGAACAAGUGGAGCGUAUAAAACUAGGAGGUGGUGAGAAAGCCCGAGCACUUCACAUAUCAAGAGGAAAACUAUUGCCCAGAGAAAGAAUUGACAAUCUCAUAGACCCAGGGUCUCCAUUUCUGGAAUUAUCCCAGUUGGCAGGUUACCAGUUAUAUGACAAUGAGGAGGUGCCAGGAGGUGGCAUUAUUACAGGCAUUGGAAGAGUAUCAGGAGUAGAAUGCAUGAUUAUUGCCAAUGAUGCCACCGUCAAAGGAGGUACCUACUACCCAGUGACUGUGAAAAAACAAUUACGGGCACAAGAAAUUGCCAUGCAAAACAGGCUCCCCUGCAUCUACUUGGUUGAUUCGGGAGGAGCAUACUUACCUCGACAAGCAGAUGUGUUUGCAGAUCGAGACCACUUUGGCCGUACAUUCUACAAUCAGGCAAUUAUGUCUUCUAAAAAUAUUGCACAGAUCGCAGUGGUCAUGGGCUCCUGCACCGCAGGAGGAGCCUAUGUGCCUGCCAUGGCUGAUGAAAACAUCAUCGUACGCAAGCAGGGUACCAUUUUCUUGGCAGGACCCCCCUUGGUUAAAGCGGCAACUGGGGAAGAAGUAUCCGCUGAGGAGCUUGGAGGUGCUGAUCUUCAUUGCAGAAAGUCUGGAGUAAGUGACCACUAUGCUUUGGAUGAUCAUCAUGCCCUUCACUUAACUAGGAAGGUUGUGAGGAAUCUAAAUUAUCAGAAGAAAUUGGAUGUCACCAUUGAACCUUCUGAAGAGCCUUUAUUUCCUGCUGAUGAAUUGUAUGGAAUAGUUGGUGCUAACCUUAAGAGGAACUUUGAUGUCCGAGAGGUCAUUGCUAGAAUCGUGGAUGGAAGCAGAUUCACUGAGUUCAAAGCCUUUUAUGGAGACACAUUAGUUACAGGAUUUGCUCGAAUAUUUGGGUACCCAGUAGGUAUCGUUGGAAACAACGGAGUUCUCUUUUCUGAAUCUGCAAAAAAGGGUGCUCACUUUGUCCAGUUAUGCUGCCAAAGAAAUAUUCCUCUGCUGUUCCUUCAAAACAUUACUGGAUUUAUGGUUGGUAGAGAGUAUGAAGCUGAAGGAAUUGCCAAGGAUGGUGCCAAGAUGGUGGCUGCUGUGGCCUGUGCCCAAGUGCCUAAGAUAACCCUCAUCAUUGGGGGCUCGUACGGAGCUGGAAACUAUGGGAUGUGUGGCAGAGCGUAUAGCCCAAGAUUUCUCUACAUUUGGCCAAAUGCUCGUAUCUCAGUGAUGGGAGGAGAGCAGGCAGCCAAUGUGUUGGCCACGGUAGCAAAGGACCAAAGAGCCCGGGAAGGAAAGCAGUUCUCCAGUGCUGAUGAAGCGGCUUUAAAAGAGCCUAUCAUUAAGAAGUUUGAAGAGGAGGGAAACCCUUACUAUUCUAGCUCAAGGGUGUGGGAUGAUGGGAUCAUUGAUCCAGCAGACACCAGACUGGUCUUGGGUCUCAGUUUUAGUGCAGCCCUCAACGCACCAAUAGAGAAGACUGACUUUGGUAUUUUCAGGAUGUAACUGGAAUAAAGGAUGUUUUCUGUUGGACAUGUACCAAAAAUUAACACAUGUAGUAGCCUUAAAAUUUUAGACUUCUCGAACAUGAGGCUAUUACAGUAAUUUUUUAACACUGUGCAUUGUACUUUUCUAUCUUAAAAAAAUCAGUGAGGAUAUUUAUUUAAUGAACAUCAAUUCCUUUUAAAUUUUCUUAGAGAAAUUUCUCUGUGGCUCAGUUUUAACCCCCGUAAAGCGGAGACAGUAAUUUACAGUUAUCCUUUGUGACCCACAAAGUAUGAAAAGUUCUGUAAUGUGUAAACUCAGUUCUAUAACCUGUAUUAUUGAGAUAAUUAAUAUGAGGUUGUAUUUUCACUGAAAUGAUUGUUUUGCUGGUUAUGCUUGGUGAUAUUUUAGCGGGCUUAUUUUUGAAAGGCAUCUGUUACUUCAGUGGCAUAAAAUGCCCUCACACUGCUGUGCAGCCAUCACCACCAUUCAUCUCCAGAAUUUGUUCUCAGUCCCAAACUGAAACUAUACCAUUCAAACAAUAGUGCUGCCCAUUUCCCCCUCCCCCGAGCCCAUGACAUCUCCUUAUUUUUUUAUUUUUAUUUUUAUUUUUUUUGAGACAGGGUGUUUCUCUGUUGCCCAGGCUGCAGUGCACUGGCAUGAUCUCAGCUCACUGCAGCCUCCACCUCCCGGGUUCAAGCGAUUCUUGUGCCUGAGCCUCCCAAGCAGCUGGGACUAUAGGCAUGUGCCACCACACCCAGCUAAGUUCUGUAUUUUUAGCAGAGACGGGAUUUCACUAUGUUGCCCAGGCUGGUCUCGAACUCCUGACCUCAAGUGAUCCACUGCCUCGGCCUCCCAAAGUGCUGGGAUUACAGGCGUGAGCCACCGCACCUGACCACAUCUCCUUAUUCUUAAAUGUAUGUGUUUCUCAUGGUUUGAUAUAUUCUUGCUGGGCCAUUUCAGCCUGUCAUGGCUUCACUUGCCAUCUAAAUGCAGAUGAUUACUGCCUUGACAGUUCUUACCCCAGCUCUCCCCUGAGCUGCAGGCCUGCAUAUCCACUAGGUCUACUGGACAUCUGUACUGGUUGUUGUGGAGGAACCUCCGGCUUGCUCAUUAAGUCCUACUGAUUUUCACUAUCCCCUGAAUUUCCCCACUUAUUUUUGUCUUUCACUAUCACAGGCCUUAGAAGAGGUCUACCUGCCUCCAGUCUUACCUAGUCCAGUCUACCCCCUGGAGUUAGAAUGGCCAUCCUGAAGUGAAAAGUAAUGUCACGUUACUCCCUUCAGUGAUUUCUUGUAGAAGUGCCAAUCCCUGAAUGCCACCAAGAUCUUAAUCUUCACAUCUUUAAUCUUAUCUCUUUGACUCCUCUUUACACAGGAGAACGGCUCCAGCUAUUCUAGCUCUCUUUCAGUUCUUUGAACCUUCCCACCUUAGGGCCUGUAAGGUUCCCUAUGCCCAAAUUGUUCUACUCUCCCUUCUUCAACACAUCCUUCAGUUUAAGCACUUGCUUCUCUCAGUUUAAACUCCACUUCCUUAGGGAUGUCUCUGUGACCUCCCUGUGCUGGAUUAGCUUCCCAACUCUAUGCUCUUAUUAAACACUAUCUACUUCCUUUGUCAUAAACUCAUCAUUUUACUAUAAACAUUAAUAUUGUCCUCCUGCUAGAAUGUAAGCUCCGUGAGAGCAAGGAUCCUCCCGUUUACCCUGUACCUCCAAUGCCUGGCACUUCUAGGUGCUCAAAUAUUUGUUGAAUGAAUGAAAAAUCCAUAUUGUAAUUGAUGUCCUCUGGCCACAUAGUUUUAAAAUUAGGCGAUUGAUUAUAUGACCGAAUAGAACUAUCAGAUGUUUUCCUAAUAAAGUCAAUAUUUCAAA